AUGGAGCCGAUGGCCGUGGGAGCAUUGAUUGAUGCUUGGGAGGAGAUCACGAGCGUGCUACUCUGCAAUGUCGACAAGAGGAAGAGACCAACUGAUGCCGGGCAAGUGGGAACGCUAGCAGUGGAUGGAGGACGUCAAGAUGGAGGAGCGAACUUGGAGGAUAUCAUGCUGGAGGAUCUGGAAGCUGGACGAAAGCAACAAUACGGCCACUCUCGGAACUCUUCGUGGGCAAGGCAGUGGAAUGAGGCUCUUCGGGCGCCAGAUGGGAAACGCCCCGCUUCCGCUCAUCACAUCCACCAUGUUCGACCUUACCAACACGCUGAGAGCCUGCGUCUCUCUCUCUCCAGUAUCGACAUGUUCGAUCUUGCCAACACCGUGGAAGUCACAGUGCACGAGCAUAAGAGCCAGGCUCAGUACGAGGAGGGUGUGGAGGAGGAUGGUGGGGAGGAGGGUGGUGAGAAGAAGGAGUUGAGGAGACGACGACGAACAGCAUUUCAUUCAUCCCCCUGCGUCUCUUCCCUCGCCACGGUCACCGACCGACACCGUGGAAGUCACUGUGCACAAGCACAAAAGUCAGGCUCAUGCAUGAGCACAAAAGCCAAGCUCAAGAUUACAUUCCGGGACAUCGUCAUCGGGCGCCAGUACGAAGAGUUCCACGAGGACUACGACGAUGAGGAGGACGAGAAGGCGGAGCACAAGAGCCAAGCUCAGUACGAAGAGUUCCACGAGGCGGUGAUUGUGGCGGUGUCCUGCCGUCCGAGCCUGCCGUUCGAGCGCAAGAUGCGAGAGGAAGAGCAAGUGGACUGCGCCUGCACGCUUGUCCGCCUCGAAAAAGUCAUUGUGACCUCCUUCGUGAGACACGAUGGUAUCCACACGUUUGCAACCUCAUUCUCAUGGUCCGGAACGACGAUCAUGGAAGGUUCGAAGUCCACAUUGUCGCCAAUCGCGAUUUUGCGAUUUUCGUGA